GGGUUUUGAUAUUUGAUUCAUUCAUUGACUGCACAACAAAAACUAAAACCAAGAAGAUGGGUCAAACUGAAAGUGUAGAAGCACAAACAGUUACAACAACUGAGGUGGAUUCAAAUUCCAAUUCCUCCAAUCCAACUUCACUGGAAUCCGUCAUAGCAGAAGCUCAAGCAUAUGGAAACCAAAACACUGAGAAUAUUGAUGAAAUGCUUCAGAAAGCUCUUGAUUGUCCUUGUAUUGCUGACUUAAAAAAUGCUGGUUGCGGAGCUCAAUUCUCAGAUGCAUUCCUCUGUUUUCUCAAGAGUACUUCUGAAGAAAAGGGCUCGGAGUGUGUAAAUCCAUUUAUUGCACUGCAGAACUGCAUCAAGGCCAAUCCAAAUGCCUUCUCUAAGGACAUUCAAGGAGAAGAUGAAAGCAAGGAGUCGGAGCCAGUCCAAGAAUACAAAAUAAUUCCUCCUGAUUGGUCUAAGGAAUCUCAAAAACCGGCAAGGCUUUAAGGGAAGAGCUGAGAUCUACUCAAAUAACAGUAUGCCAAAUUCAUUUUAAACUUGUAUUAGCUUUGGCUGAUUGAAAAAGUUAUAGGUUAGAUAAGGCUCUGAAAUAUUUUCUGUAUUGACUAUUUAAUUAACGCGUUCCACCUUAUUUUCAGUUUUUUCCUUAUUUUCAAAGAUUAUUAUAGAAAAUGCUGAAAACAGAAAAAAUAGGUGCAAACAAGGUGGCAAUUCUAUAAUUAUUGGUAA